GACUGCGUGCGAUGACGAGAAAAGCUUGUUGCGGCGCAAAUUAAAAGGAUUUUAUAAUAAACUUUAUAAUUCCAUCAAGAUAUUUAUCGUCUAAUCCAUCUCAGUUAAGGUAAGGGCGUAAGUUAACCCUACGGAUGUACUGGAAGUGAUUAUUUAUUAUGUUCAUAUUUCCUCUUGUAUCACAGCCAUGUUGAAGUAGUGUUGAUUUUACUAAGUUAUCGUCAGUUUAUCGUUUACAAAAGUUAAAAAAGUUGCUCACAAGUAUAUGUGACAGACCCGAGUUUAGUUUGUGUUGUGAAUAUAAAAGUUGAAAGUCUUUGCAAUAUGAAAAGUGUUAUAAAGUGCCAUCGUUUCUGGCGUCGAGCCGUCGUCUUCAAGGAAUGGAUUCUGAAGAUUCACGAGAUGGCUCUGGGGAUACUAAAUCCUCAUCAAGUAGUAGCAGCUCAAGCUCCAGAAGUCGACGUAGUUCAUCUUCAGAUAGAAGUGAAGGUUCCAAAAAAGAUGCAAAGUCACCUCCACGGUCACCUCCGGCGUCACCACCAGGUUCACCGUCCGGUUCCAGACCUGGGUCACCCCCAGCGUCUCCUCCUCCUCAGUCACCUAGAUCUGAAGGGCCCCGAUCCCCUUCACCAGAAAGUCAUUCUCAGUCCUCAAUACGUUCACCAGAAUCUGAUAAGCCCCAACGCUCUCCCGAUAACUUGAGUGGAGCCCACUCAGACAUAAACUCACCAGAAAAUUCUAUGCCAACCUCCCCUGCCGCCCCCAAGUCCCCUGAUGGCCCAAAGUCACCUAGUGACACUGGAUCAAAUAUAGGUUCACCAGAUAACAGGGAGCAGUACUCUGCCCCUUCAGGUGGCGAGGGUCCAAAAACACCUCAAAGUCCUAGCAGUUCAGUAAGAUCAGGUCCUGGUUCACCAGAGCCUAGUUCCCGACCGGCCUCCCCUGAUUCUGCAUCACAACCCACUUCACCUUCUAGAAAUCGAGAUCAGACUUCACGGUCCCCUAGCCCUUCCCCCGAUAGGAUCUCAUCCCGGUCAUCACCUGUGUCAGUGAAGAAGGAUGAGUGGAGUCCUAAAGACAAGUGGAGGAGGCAUACUAAAGCCGAACAGAAGAUGGUUGCAGUUUCAAGAAGAAGCCGAUCUGAUUCUAGUCGGUCUAGUAGAAGUAGGAGCUCUUCUUAUAACAAGAGAUCUAGCAAUAAAGACCCUGCUACUGAAGAGAUAUCGGAAGGUGAAAUGGAAUCAGAUCAAGAAGAUAGAAAGUCAAGGGGUAAAUCAGAAACUAGUGACAAGCCAGAUGGGAAGGAUCUCAAUAUUAGUCAUGAGGAUCUGUCAGAUGUAUCCGACUUAGAUUCUGGAGCAGAUGACACGAAAGAUAGCAAGCCCAAAUCACCAGAUAGGUCCCCAAAAAGCAAGCAAGAUGUGAAAGUAAAUGGUAAUGGUAGCACACAGUCUUCACCCAAGUCUGACGGUGGAAAAGUUGACACACCAAAGUUUGAAAAGGUACCACAAGAAAAGACUAGCAACACAGAAGAUGGGGAGGAGCAGCUGGACUUUGAAGCUGAGGAGGGAGAAUGUAUUGAUCCCAAACCCAGGGAACAGUCUAACGGCGACACAGACAUCCAGGGCGAGGAAAAAGUAGAGGACGUAAAGGCGGGAAAGCGUUCGCGCGGAUCAUCGCUAGAGGAGGGAGAAGUCUCUGACGAGGCGGAGCGCCGGCCCGAGGAGAGCGAGCCGCGUCCUGUCUGCCGGUUCUUUUCGCGGGGCGCUUGCACCUGGGGCGUCAGUUGCAGGUUCCUCCACCCGGGCGUGACAGACAAGGGCAACUACAACAUGUUCGACGUGGUGCGCGGUGUGCCGGCCGGGGGCUCGUACCCGCCGCCGCGCGACACGGCGCCGCCCGAGUCCGCCUGGGAGCGCGGCCUGAGGACUGCCAAGGAGGUUCGUAUGCUCCGAAUAGCGAACAAGCGUAAGGAACAAGACAUGGACUUUGAAGAGAAGAAGCUGCAUUUGUCUGUGGGCGGCGUGGUGCACGACCCGGACGCGGAGCUGGCGUACGCGGCCGCCGCCGUGGGCGCGUCGCCGCCGCACGCGCCGCACGUGCCGCACGCCGCGCAUGCCGCGCAUGCGCACCACCACGACUUGCCGCCGCAUCGCGACCCUGAAGCAUUCAGACCAUACGGGCCGAUGUACCGCGGACGGUUCCCGGGCCGGCCGCCUAUCGACGAGCGGGAGCGAUACUACGACCGCGAGCGAAUGUACGAGCGGGAACGCAUGUACGAGCGCCCGCCGCACUACGACGAGCGCGCCGCCGCCCCCGUCGGGCCCGAGGAGGCCUACCAUAAGCAGCGCCGCGUGCGGUCGUCGCGCGAGGUGAUCGUGCAGCGCGCGGAGGUGGAGCGGCGCGAGCGCUCGUCGCGGCCGCGCGAGCGCCCCGACGACUGGGCCGACCCCUGGAUGCGCGCCGAGCCCGCCGCGCGCCGCCGCCGCCCGCCCUCCACCGACGAGUCCUACUCCUCCGACAGCUCUUCAAAUUCCAGUUCACGAAGCUCUCGUUCGCCCAGUGCGCGCCGCAAGAGGAGGGCCUCUUCGUCGUCCAGGCAGAGGCUGUCGCCGUCGGUGAUCGUGCGCGAGCGGCGCAUGGCGAGCGCGCGCGCCACGGCCAUGAACCCGCCCGCGCCGCGCCGCCGCGCGCCCUCGCCCGCCGCCGCGCGCCAGCUGGCCGCCAACCCGCCGCCGCCCGCCUCGCACCGCCACAAGGAGGAAGUUGACCCAUACGGACGUACCAAAGCGUCGAGCCGAAAUAGAGACAGAAAGAAGUACUCCAGAUCGUCUUCUUCGGGAUCAGGAUCAGAGACAACAUCGUCGUCGAGCGAGUCUGAGAGCGAGUCUCGGUCGUCGUCGUCUUCGGGCAGCUCGGGCGCACGGCGGGCGAGACACGCGCGCCUGCUCAAUGCGGCUGCGAGGCCGAGGUUGAAUGCCAAGAGUGCUGUAGCCGCGGCAGUCACUAUUCCGAACAAAAAAGAAGUCCCAAGUGAUAAAGAAUCUGGCAAGAAACGGUCGGCUACGUCUCCAGUGAGCGGGGUUCCAGCGAGCAAGAAGUCUGUGUCCAGGAGGGAAGAGCUUCUCAAACAGUUGAAGGCCGUCGAAGACGCCAUAGCCAGGAAGCGUUCCAAGAUAUAGGACUGGUGCUUGCACGGCAUCCACCACUUGUGGGAUAUCGUAGACUGUACGUUGAAGAUAGAGAAUGUUCCAGACAAUACAGUAAUUUGUCAAAUGCUCAUUCAAUUUAAAGGCGGCCUACGGACAGUACCGUGAGCGGGACUGCAGGCGAGUUGUACAAAUAAGCAUUUAAGUUCUUUGUGAUGUUCAUGAGUAGUGUAAAUGUUGACUCUGAAACCAAAAUGGAAUAUCAGUAAGAUUCACUUUUUAAGUAUUGUAUCGAGAUAACAGUGUUCAUCUAUUUAUCGUUGUGUAUACGAAAACUGUAUCAAUUUUUUGACUAUGAUGAUUACUAGAAAAUGAAAUAAUGGAAAAUAGUAUUUUUGGUAUCGUUUGUUCAUCACAAAGUGAAAACGGAACCUAAGCUAGGUUUUUCUGACUAGAUUAUGUAAGGAUGUUCACGAGGAUGGAAAUAAAACAUUAUUUUGAA